CUGACGGUCAAUCAACAAGGAACUACUGUAACUACAAAAUGGUAGCGAUAAUAAUUCAAGGCUGCAAAUACGGUUUACUUAAACGAAACGGAAUAUCACGAAGCUAAGAAAAUUAAUGAAUUAAGCACCUAGUAAAAAAGGCUGAAACAAAAUGGCACAUAUAGAAAUUACCCAACGUAAAUCAAGUCUUAUAAAGGAGGCUAUCAUUCAGAUUGGUGCAGGUGGUUCUGCAGGCUUUGUAGAAGCUUGUAUAAUGCACCCCAUGGAUCUCAUUAAAACACGUUUCCAAUUGCAAGUUAAAAUGGGAACUCAAGAUGCUCUUUAUUAUACAGGAAUUAGAGAUUGUAUGAAUAAAAUGUAUAACAAUGAGGGAGUUGCAGCAUUUUGGAAAGGUAUAUUACCGCCAAUUAUCAUGGAAACUCCUAAAAGAGCUGUGAAAUUUUUCUCCUUUGAACAGUACAAGAAGUUUUUUAAUAAUCACACGUCACAGUCAAUGGCAUUCUUUUGUGCUGGAUUCUUAACAGGUGUAACAGAGGCAAUUUUAGUAAAUCCUUUUGAAGUAGUUAAAGUACAAAUGCAGUCUAAUCGCAAACAUAUCAAUGAUAGUCCAUCAACUAUUGCUGUUACUCGACAUAUUCUUUACAACCAAGGUUUUGGACUAAAUGGUCUUAAUAAAGGUUUAUCUGCUACAAUAAUGAGAAAUGCUGUUUUCAAUGCUUUUUAUUUCGGGAUUUAUCGUUCUAUUAUUCCUCGACUGAAUAAACAAAAAGAAUAUGUUCCAGAACUGUUUCUGAAGUUUGCUAUAGGUUUUAUAUCUGGGACAGUGGCAUCCUGUAUGAACAUACCUUUUGAUGUUGCUAAAAGUCGUAUUCAAGGUCCACAAGGAACAAUCCAGUAUAAGGGUACUCUGCAAACUAUUUACUUAGUUUAUCAAAAUGAAGGAUUUAGAGCCUUGUAUAAAGGAUUGUUACCAAAGAUCUUACGAUUAGGUCCAGGUGGUGCAAUUAUGCUUAUAGUUUAUGAUAAAAUGACAGCAUUUCUCAAUAUGCAGUUUGGUGAUUAAAAUAAAAUUUUACUCUACAGAGCAGAUUGGAUAAUGCAUUUCUUACAUUACCAAUGAAUU